AUGAGUAGGGAAUCAUUUGUUACCCUCGCAACAAAUGACGAAUAUUGUGUGGGAGCACUUGUUUUAGCAGCAUCACUAAAACAAUCAGAGACGUCGAAAGAGUUGACCAUUCUUGUAACUCCAGGUGUCUCCUCACGUAUGAGACAACUGCUUUCAAAUUUUUACCAUAAUGUGAUCGAAGUACAGCCUGUUACAACGAAAUGUUGGGAUAAGAUCCUUACUGGUAAUAGAACGGAGCUCGCUGAAACAUUUACGAAAAUUCAGGUUUGGAGUCUUACUCAGUUUACCAAAAUUGUGUUUCUGGACGCUGACACAAUGGUUUUACAAAAUAUCGAUGAAUUAUUCGAUAGAUGUGAAUUUGCUGCCGCACCGGAUCCUCAAUGGCCAGAUUGUUUUAAUGCUGGUGUGUUUGUAUUGGAACCUUCGAUUGAUAAAUAUAAUGAUCUUUUAAAAAUGUUAUCAAAUUGUGGUAGUUUUGAUGGAAGAGAACAAGGUUUAUUGAAUCAAUAUUUUUCCAAUUGGUUACAUAAUAAUGAUAUAUCACACCGUCUGUCAUAUAUAUACAAUUGUAUUUGCCGUAUAUCCAACGAUACAAAUAUUGAAUUUUAUACAAGUCGAUGUGCAUGGGUUCAUUAUGGUCAAUCCAUUCGAGUGGUACAUUUCUCCGGUUCAAUUAAACCAUGGCAUAAAACAUCGGCAGCGAAAACUUGUAGUCAAAUGUCAUUUCGUACAUUGUUUUUUAAUACCGAACAAGAUAGACGUUCAACUGGUCGUGUAGCUAGUAUGCUUGCUUAUUGGUGGUCAUUAUUUCUUAUACUAGUACGACCACAACUUUCACCGGAUAUGUAUUUAAGUCAUAUUUCAUUAGAUAAAUUAAGAAAAUAUGAUUGGUCAGAUGAUAAUCAUGAUCAAUUAAAUGUCAUGAAAAAAGCUGAAAAUUCUAGUCAUUUAUUUGUUCAAUUAUAUCCUUCAGCGCAUGAAGAAUAUUUAGAUAGUAGAGUCAAUAGUCGACAGUGUAAUUUAUUAACUCCAGUAGAUCAUUUACAAUCGCAAUUACCUUAUCAUCCAGAAUUUCAUGAUACAAAUUGGGAUUAUUUACAUAGAGGGCAACGAAUUGAUGAAGGUAAUCGAUUGGUGGAACAUCAUCAAAUUAAUGUUGAGCCGUCUGCACAGCUUCCAUCACAAUUUAAUCUUUCCUUGUCUGGUAUAACAUAUCAUCAUGAAGUGAAUACUAGGAAAAAUGUAUCAUCCUGUGAAAAACAGAGCCAUCAGAACAAUCAUGAAUGUAAACAGCAUGAAAUAGCUCAAAAUUUCAGUGAGAAACAUCUAAGUAACGAUAAGACUCAUCAAUCUGAUCAUCAGACUCAUCAAGAAAAAUUUGUUGACCAUCAACAAAUUCAAGAAAAAUCAGAUGAUAGUGAAAUUCAUCAUAGCGCACCACCAACAACAAUCCAAGAUGACUGUGAUAUAACUGAAAACACUUCUCAGUAUAAGGAAGGACCUGCGGUGAGUAAAUCAAAAUCAGAUGAGACUGUGAUGAAGAUACCAGAAAAUGUAUCAUCUUCUUUCCUAAAUCCUGUCCCAUUGGAAUCAACAAUAGAGUCAACAUCACAAUCACCAUACUCUUUAAAUUGUCAUAAAUGCUGCGAAAAACUAGUAAGGGAACAACAACGAUUAAUCUGUCCAGUAAAAAUGAGAAAAUUAUCAACUGAUCACAAUACAGACAAACGACAAACACUUAGAAAACACCAACGUUACAGUCUAGGGGCUUCAUUCAAACCAACCGCCAAAAUUCUUCAUCCUAUACAAAAUAAUAAUCAUAAUCGUGUAAAACAAACUAGAAAUUCAAUGUUCAAUGAUGGAUUGAAACAGGCGAAGCUAGUAAAAAAUCAUUCUUCAACACUUCCUUUAAAUUGUAAUCUUACUUCAAACUAUCAUCAUCAUCAACAAGUUGAUAAGAGCGAUUCAAAUUACCCGCAAAAUCAAUUGUUUGAAUUGAAUAGAAAAUUAAGUAAUCAAUAUCGUGGUUUAGAUAUUGCUUAUUCGAUUAGUAAACAAUGCAAUCGAAUUACAACCAUUCCUAAGGCUACUACUACUACUACUCCAACUACCACUACUACUACUACUACUGUUAGCCAAAAGAAAUCUCAUCAGAUAACCGAUAAAUCCUACUUCUGUCAUAAAGAUUUAAAAAGACAACGGAUUCAUCACGGUGAGAUUUCUUCCCUUUAUAAACAUAGUCAUAGUGAUGAUGAAAAUAGCAGCAGACAUUUUGAUCAUUUGCAUAAUAAAAUCCUGAAAAAUUCAUAUUCACUGAAUUGUUUAAAUCAACUGAAAUCAACCAGAUUAUCGCCAGUUGAUAACAACAGUGUGUUAGUCCAUAAUAAAGUCACAUUAAAUCCACAAGAAUUCCAUCAAACAACAUUAAGUCAAUUAAAAAAAAUCAAAUCGAACAAGUUGAAGAAACAAAGAAAACCAUUGAUACAGUCAAAUAAACAACUGUUCAAUAGUCAAUUACUACAGAUUGAUUGUGUCAGCAAUAAUGUUCAUCAUCCGAGUAAAUCAUUCACUUCAAUGAAUUCAUUGAUGAUUUCGACUGGAUUAGUUGGUGAUUUAGCCAAUAUGAAUAAUUAUGCUGACAAGGCGGUAUUAUGUCAACAUCAUGCUGAAUUAGAAGCUGCCAGUAAUGAACGUAUGUAUGCAUGGGAACGUGGUGAAAUCGAUUAUACCGGGGCUGAUCGUUUUAUGAAUAUCUUAAAUAAAUUAUGCAAUACAUUACGUGAUGUUGGCGGUGAAAUGAAUCUUCCAAUAGGUACAGAUAUUAUGCAAUAG